GCACCGGGCCCCCCAGGCGGGGCGGCGGGCACCGGGCCCCCCAGGCGGGGCGACGGGCACCGGGCCCCCCAGGCGGGGCGACGGCAUCGGGCCCCCAGGAGGGGCGACGGGCAUCGGGCCCCCAGGAGGGGCGACGGGUCUCGGGCCCUCAGGCGGAGCGGCGGGCGCCGGACUCCCAGAUGGAGUGACAGGUCUCGGGCCCUCAGGCGGAGCGGCGGGCGCCGGACCCCCAGGUGGAGCGACAGGUCUCGGGCCCUCAGGCGGAGCGGCGGGCGCCGGACCCCAGGUGGAGCGACAGGUCUCGGGCCCUCAGGCGGAGCGGCGGGCGCCGGACCCCCAGGCGGAGCGACAGGUCUCGGGCCCUCAGGCGGAGCGGCGGGCGCCGGACCCCCAGAUGGAGCAACAGGUCUCGGGCCCUCAGGCGGAGCGGCGGGCGCCGGACCCCCAGGCGGAGCGACAGGUCUCGGGCCCUCAGGCGGAGCGACAGGUCUCGGGCCC